CCCUGCACAGCCGCUCGCCAGGGGCCGAGCCCCGCGCCGCACGCCCCCCGCCGGGACCCGGGACUCCGCGGGUCGCGGAGGCGGUCAGCCACGCCUUGUCUUCCAGACCCAGAAGCCGGAGUGGCGACGAGGACCCGCCCAACAUGGCAUCGGAGAGCGGGAAGCUGUGGGGUGGCCGGUUUGUGGGCUCCGUGGACCCCAUCAUGGAGAAGUUCAACUCGUCUAUUGCCUACGACCGGAACCUGUGGGCGGCGGACGUGCAAGGCAGCAAGGCCUACAGCAGGGGCCUGCAGAAGGCGGGGCUCCUCACCACAGCCGAGAUGGACCAGAUCCUGCAUGGCCUGGACAAGGUGGCUGAGGAGUGGGCCCAGGGCACCUUCAAAGUACACCCCAAUGAUGAGGACAUCCACACAGCCAACGAGCGACGACUGAAGGAGCUGAUCGGUGAGACUGCAGGGAAGCUGCACACAGGGCGGAGCCGGAACGACCAGGUGGUCACAGACCUCAGGCUGUGGAUGCGGCAGACCUGCUCAUCACUCUCGGCCCUCCUCCGGGAGCUCAUCAGAAGCAUGGUGGACCGGGCGGAAGUGGAACGGGACGUCCUCUUCCCAGGAUACACGCACCUGCAGAGGGCUCAGCCUAUCCGCUGGAGUCACUGGAUCCUGAGCCAUGCCGUGGCUCUGACCCGGGACUCAGAGCGGCUGCUGGAGGUGCAGAAGCGCAUCAAUGUCCUGCCCCUGGGGAGCGGGGCCAUUGCAGGCAACCCUCUGGGUGUGGACCGAGAGCUGCUCCGAGCAGAACUGAACUUCGCGGCCAUCACUGUCAACAGCAUGGAUGCCACCAGCGAACGAGACUUUGUAGCGGAGUUCCUGUUCUGGGCUUCACUAUGCAUGACCCACCUCAGCAGGAUGGCUGAGGACCUCAUCCUCUAUGGCACCAAAGAAUUCAGCUUCGUGCAGCUCUCAGAUGCCUACAGACCAUCCUGGGGCCAGGUGAGCUCCUUCAGCCCCAGCAUCUGUGUCCCCAGCACUGGAAGCAGCCUGAUGCCCCAGAAGAAAAACCCAGACAGCCUGGAGCUGAUCCGGAGCAAGGCAGGGAGAGUGUUCGGGCGGUGUGCUGGCCUCCUGAUGACCCUCAAGGGACUUCCGAGCACCUACAACAAGGACUUACAGGAGGACAAGGAAGCUGUGUUUGAAGUGGCAGACACCAUGAGUGCUGUCCUCCAGGUGGCCACUGGCGUCAUCUCUACGCUGAAGAUUCACCGUGAGAACAUGGCACGGGCACUUAGCCCUGACAUGCUGGCUACGGACCUCGCCUACUACCUGGUCCGCAAAGGGAUGCCAUUCCGCCAGGCCCAUGAGGCCUCUGGCAAAGCUGUGUUUGCUGCUGAGACCAAGGGGGUCGCCCUCAACCAGCUGUCGCUGCAGGAGCUACAGACUAUCAGCCCCCUGUUCUCCGCUGACGUGAGCCACGUGUGGGACUACGGGCACAGCGUGGAGCAGUACGGUGCCCUGGGUGGCACUGCACGCUCCAGCGUCGACUGGCAGAUCAGCCAGGUGCGGGCGCUGCUGAGGGCGCAGGAGGCUUAGCCCCCCACCCCUUCGCCAAAUAAAGCCGGAGAGAGGAGCCCACCGCCUGUGUCCUGCCCCAUCUGUCUCCUCUCCUGACAGUGGGCUUCGGGGGUCUGGGGAACAGGCAGUGGGGACCCUGAGGAAGUGGAGAAACUGGGCAAGGAGGGUGAGGGUCUUGGAUCGGGAAGACCAGGGAGAGGAUUGCGUGUCCUCAGAGCCCUGCCCUGUCCAGCCGCGUCCCUUCACUAUAGGGUAUCAUGCAAUGACCUCCGCCUUGGGCCUCCGGAGAUGAAAUGGGCACAGCCCAGUGGUCACUGUCCAUUCCCCUGCCUCCCCAGUGUCCCCUGGGCCCACCUGCUCAGUCUCCCCUUGCUUAAUGCCCCCUCUUCCUUGACCAUUCAGAUACCUUUACAGGAUGUCCCCUGGGCUGCAGCCUGUGCCAGGGCUAAGGGGUAACCUGCAGGAGAGAGGAAAGCAGGGUGUUUGGUGAUAGUCGGUCAUUGUGCUGGAGUACAUGCCAGGCACUACGCUAGCUUCAUACAAAGGAGAAGAUGCUGCCUCAUCAGCCUCCACAGUGACUACAGAUAAAUGCCUGCAAGCCCCAGAGAGCCGUGCUAACCAUGAGAGGUGGGGCCUGGGGGGG